AUGGCGGCAUUCCAACCCUCCAACAAUACCGCCACCACAUCCUUCGUCGCCGUCUCUUUCGACGAGACCCACGCCAUGGAAACCUCCGAGCGCCCAAUAUCUCCUCCGGUCCCAACAACUGAGGGCCGCAAUCAACGACGCCGAAUUCCCGUGUUCGAAAUCGACGAGAACGGGAUCGAAGACAUUCUAGUACCUGUAGUACUAGCGAUCGGACGGAUCGAGGACUUAAUUCAAUACCCAACACAGCCUUCGUCGUCCCCAUCACCACCAACACCGAUAAUUAGACCAGUGGCUGACCACAGUGCAACGACGAUACCUAACUUCGACUUGGACCGUGCGUUCCCACCAGCUCCGGUCAACGAACUUAAUAUUCACACCGAAGGGGACGUCCUCUGGCGUACGUUCGCCUCCGCCACUAGCUCGGGCGGUGCCCCUCUGGAGCGGAGUAGGCUAGUUAUCCCCGUCGUUGCAGAUGAGGAAUACAUCCCUAGGGCCUGGCCGCAACCUCGACGACACGCAGGGCGUCAACCCCGAUCAGAACUCGCCCGACAUCUCGAAUCCUUUCCAGCAUCAGAUAUACAAAUCAGCGUAAUGACCGUAGAGAAUGCCAUGGAGACAGAACCCAAGAGGCAGGGCACGGUGACAUCGAUACCAAGCAGACGUGAGGAGGAGAUUGAGGACUGGGCAGACUCCUUGACUGAACAUGUGGCUCGGGUGAGAUUUUGGGCAAACAGAAAUGGAUUGCAUUGA